AUGUCUUAUCAGUUCAUUUACGAUACCCGGAUGUCCAAAGUUAUACAACAUUUUAAAACCUCUGCCUUUUCGAGACUUUGGUCAAAUAUAGGGACAGCUGUGAGCAGACAAUCCUCACAAUCCCUCGACUCAAAGAAGGCACAGUUUGGUUGUGCCCCGGGGGUGAUCCGAACUCGUGUAGGGUAUACGGGUGGAACUACAAAGUUCCCCACCUACAGGAAUUUGGGAGAUCACACAGAAACUGUUGAUAUUGAUUUUGAUCCUGAUGUUACAAGUUACGAAAAACUCCUGGAAAAGUUCUGGAAGUCUCACAAUCCAACACAGUCACACAGUCGGCAAUACAUGUCGGCCAUUUUCUUCCAUGGUAAUGAGCAACGAGUUCAGGCUGAGACCAGCAUGAAAGAACAGCAGAGCAAUCUAGCCCAGCCUAUUGCAACUAAAAUCCUACCCGCACACCAGUUUUAUGUUGCUGAAGAUUACCAUCAGAAAUACAUGCUGCGUAACAGUAGAGAUUUGUUUGAUAGCCUCGGCCUAGAUGGGGAAGAUUUAGUUAAGUCACAUGCCGCAGCCAGAGCCAAUGGUUAUGUGGCUGGCUUUGGAAAGCUUCAGGACUUCAAUAAUGAGUUUGAAAAGGUUGGUUAUAGCAAGCGGCAAAUUGACCUCAUUUGCAAAGCCAUCCAGAGGAGGUCCUAACAUGGUUGAUUCCAGAUUCUAAAUCUUAAUGGUUGCCCAGUGAUUGACUUGUUCAAUAAAAUGAAAUUGUAUUACGCACUUUGGAAUACUUUGGGACUCUUAAUGCAAUUUUUGCACAUACUGAAUAAAAUACACAAAAUUAAAAAUGUAUAAGAUUUUCAAUGCAAUAUGCAAAAUGUUACAUACAUGCACAUAAAUUCAGUCUGACACUCAUUCUCAAGAACUACCUCGAAUUGAUCCUCAGUUCAAUUACUUGGACUAUGUUUUUCUUGAGGUGUUGUGUUAGACUGUAUCAUAUAGACAGGGUAAUUACUCAAUAUCAGCUGGCCU